AUGGUCAGACAAAAAGUUAUUAUUCAGGAUAAAAUUAAAGGACAUUCUAUUGAUGAGUUUGGCAAACAGACAUGCUCUGAUUGUGGUGCAGAGCAGCCUUCGGCAAAGAGGCGGUGUGAAGAAUGCUCAGCCAUCUUUCCCAAGAUCAGGAAGCCUGCACAGCUGGAAAAAAUUAAAAAAAUGGGACAAACAAAUCUUACAAUCCAGAGACGAUUGAUGGAAAAACGUGCUGAUAUUCUAAACGUGAAGCACGACUGUGAUGUUGUCAUCAUGAUGCAAAACAGGCAUGGUGAUGGUAACACCAUAACUGUGUAUGGCACUGCUGGUGCAGGGGUUGCCUUCAUUGGAAAUAAGAGCAACAAAAAGAUUUCAGAAGGUGGAGAUGUGGCAUUAAUGCUGUUUAAGAAGUUUCUCAAAGAUUACUAUUCAAGGUCUGGCAAUGAACAUUUGACAACUGCAUCUACCUCUAAUGACUCCACAGGUGAAUUGCCAACCUCUUCUCUGGAAGAUCAGUCUGAAAGUUCUAGCAAUUGUGCAACUCCCAAAGUGCCAAAUGAGUUGUUAACUGCGGCCCCAUCUACUCUCUGCAAUGCAGAUACCAAGUCUGAAAGUGAAGAAGUUGGAGCACUAGAUAGAGGGCAAGACAUAACAGCUGGGGCAGCAGCGGAAUCCAGUUCCCCAAAUAAUGAUACAGAGUCUGAAAGUACAGAAGGUGGAACACCAGACAGAGAGCAAGACAGAACGGUUGGGGCAGCAUUAGCUUCCAGUUCACAAAAUAAUGUGAUGGUGGUGUACAGACGUGACUCAGUUGUCAUGGCAGCUGGCCAUUUAGAGGAACAUCGAAGAGAAAUUCAUGGCAAGAGAGUACCAACAGAUCACGUUUGUGUACUGUUAACAGCAGCAAAAUCUAAUGUUAUGGCGCCAUUUAUUGCUGGCGAUCCAGAUGAAAACUCUUUUUUGGAGAAAGGAAAGUUUUUUGCUCUUCCUAAACAAUUUAUAUACCGAGCAAGUCUUCUGAAUGGAUCACUUCAGUUGGCACCAUAUAAUGCUACACCUUAAAGGGACAGGAAGGGCUAAUAAUGAUCAAUUUUUGUGUCAAAUUGAGGAUCCAAAACAUAAUUUUAAAGAAGAGUACAAAAAACAUGUCAUUGACAAAAAUACAUGGUAUCAUCAUUCAUUUUUAGAGAUUCUGCGUUAGAGUUAGCAAGGUGAUAUUGCAACAGCAAAGUGAGGUGACAAUGUGAAUCAUCUAAUUGUCACUAAAAAGCUGUAUUUUUAG